AUGACGCCUUCUAUCGAUCAUGCCGACCCUCCUCAGGGCAAACCACCUCCCCUGGUGGAAGGCAAGCAGGGAGCCAAGAAGGAACACUCCAUGACUCUGUGGCAGGCGUUGAAACUGUACCCGAAAGCCGUGGGUUGGUCUGUCUUAUUGUCAUCCACUCUCAUCAUGGAGGGAUACGAUCUGGCGCUGCUGAGCUCCAUGUAUGCCUCGCCGGCGUUCAACAAGAAAUUCGGCGUCCAAACCUCCUCGAGCAAAUGGGUGGUGCCAGCCUCCUGGCAGUCCGGUCUGUCCAACGGCGCACGCUGCGGUGAAAUCCUUGGUCUACUGCUAAACGGUCUGAUAUCCGAGCGCCUGGGAUACCGACGAACCAUGAUGGGGGCCCUGGUCACAAUCACGGCAGUGAUCUUCCUGUUCUUCUUCGCUGUGAAUAUUCAAAUGUUACUGGCAGCCGAGAUCCUUGCAGGCAUCCCAUGGGGCAUCUUUCAAACCCUACCAGCCGCCUACGCCUCGGAGGUGUGUCCUGUCGUGCUGCGCCCUUAUUUAACGACGUUCAUCAAUAUGUGCUGGGUAUUUGGCCAGUUUGUAGCCGUUGGCGUCAACCGAGGGUCCAUUUCACGCGACGACGAAUGGGCUUAUCGUAUUCCCUUUGGCGUGCAGUGGGCAUGGCCUGUGCCUAUCUUGAUCGGGUGUGCCUUUGCACCUGAGUCGCCCUGGUGGCAUGUCCGUCAGGGCAACCUGCAAGCAGCGCGCCGCGCUCUACAGCGACUCACCUCGUCCGACGACCCAAGCUUCAACCCGGACGAAACCCUCGCCAUGAUCCAGCACACCAAUGAGCUCGAAAAGUCUCUCUCCAGCGGUACGAGCUACUGCGACUGUUUCCGAGGAACGAAUCUUCGCCGAACUGAAGUCGUAUGUGUUGUCUGGCUGGUACAGACUCUGUGCGGGCAGAACCUCAUGGGGUAUUUCGCCUACUUCUGCGUCCAGGCUGGCCUGCCCACGGUGGACUCUUUCAAUAUGUCCCUGGGGCAAUAUGGCCUCGGUAUUGUGGGCACACUGGGGUCAUGGUGA